AGAGAGCUACUCCCACACUCGCUAUCAGAGAGCUACUCCCACACUCGCUACAGCCCGCGUCAACCCUCGGACAGAUAGACACCAUGGCACGAGAGUCGCCCAGAGUAUCCAAGCUGGCCCUCCUGGCCCUGGCCGGAGUCGUUGGUCAGGUCCAAGGCGCCUAUGUCUGGCCCUCGCGCCACGACGUGCUCGAGGACAUGCUCGCCAUGCAGAGUGGCAUCCGGCACGCAGGCUUCACUGAUGUCAUCGUGCCUUGCGGCGCCAGCGGCAACCAGGUCGGGAUCCAGAAGUCGGCCGAGUGGGUGCGGACGGCGUUCCAUGACAUGGCCACGCACGACGCGGCGGCCGGCACGGGCGGCCUCGACGCCUCCAUCAUGUACGAGGUGUCGCGGUCCGAGAACGAGGGCGACGCCUUCGACCACACCCUCGGCGACCUGGCCGAGUUUGUGACCCCCGAGACGUCGGCCUCGGACCUCAUCGCCCUGGGCCUCGUCGCCUCCAUGGCCUCGUGCGGCGGGCUCAAGAUCCCCUACCGCACCGGCCGCGUAGACGCCGUCGUCGCCGGCCCGCUCGGCGUGCCCCUGCACACGGACCCGCUCGACAAGAUGGUGGCGGCCUUUGACCGCAUGGGCUUCACGCGCGCCGAGAUGAUCGGCCUCGUCGCCUGCGGCCACUCCAUCGGCCAGGUGCACAGCGUCGACUUCCCGGACCUGGUCAAGGGCAGCCCCGGCCCGGCCAACGUGGCCUCCUUCGACCGCACCCCGAACGCCUUCGACACGUCCGUCGUGGACGAGUACCUGAGCGGCGACGGCGUCAACCCGCUCGUCUUUGGCGCCAACGAGACCACCAACUCGGACGCGCGCAUCUUUGGCGCCGACGGCAACGCCACCAUGCGCGCCCUCGCCGACCCGCCCACCUUCAGCUCCACGUGCACCUCCCUGCUCGGCCGCAUGAUCGACAAGGUGCCCAGCGGCGUGAGCCUGACCGAGCCCCUCGAGCUGCAGGACAUCAAGCCCUACGUCGACAAGCUGCAGCCGGAUGCCGGCGCGUCGACCCUCCUCUUCCAGGGCAGCGUGCGCGUCCGCACCACCGGCCGCGACGCCGAGGCCCUGACCGUCGCGCUCGACGUGGCCGACCGCGCCGGCGGGCGCUCCGUCGUGCCCACGACGCGCUCCCGCUUCCGCGGCGGCCAGUCGUACGGCUUCUUCAACGAGCAGUUCACCUGGUUCGACUUCUCGGCCCAGCUUCCCGCCGACGCCGCCAUCGCGUCCUUCAACAUCAAGGUGACGGACGCCACCGACGGCGGCAGCACCAAGACGUACGACAACAACGGCCACCCGGGCGGCUACCCGGUCCAGAGCGACCUGCUCUUCCUGGACGGCGACUCGUGCCUCAACACGAACAUCGUCGACGGCAACAUGACGAUGCGCGUGACGGCGGCUGUGCGCACCGGCGGCGAGGGCGAGAAGAGGAGCACGCCCACGCCCGUCGUCAACAUGGCGCACCGCGUCCAGCAGCCCGGCGUGACGCUGCCCCGGCUCGUGAUGGAAAAGGUGCGCAUGCGGCCGCUCAACGCCACCCGCGGCCCCUACCAGCUAUACGAGACCGACAUCUCGCUCGAGGCCAAGGGCUGGAUCACGAGCUUCACCCUCGCGCUGCCGAGGGCCGCCGGCGACGUCGUGUCGGCUCUCGUCAAGACGAACGGACUGUCAACCAACUGCUAGUUUGAUGGCCCCAUUUCUGGAAACGACUGACGUUAACGUCGCCUAGUCUUGUGUAAUGUCAUGAAAAUGUGGGCGUAAUCUUUGCCGAACUCCGUUUUCCCCUUGACGCCGCCUGGAUUUGAGAUGAGCUCGUUGGUGCUAGAUAGAGUGUACAUAGAAUCCCACGAUUUUUUACAAUGACCUCGCAAGAUCCUGGACUUUGUCCUG